AUGGAGCUCCUCCACAAGAAGAUAGAUCUCAUGGGGAUGGGACCUGCGGUGCAAGAGCAGCAAGGGGGUGCAGAGGAUGUUAACUAUAUACACCAAGGGGGCAAUAGCUACUAUAACAACUCCCGCCCCAAUCAAGGGGGUGGAGGUUACAACCAAUUUGGGAACAAGGUGCAUCCUAAUCUAUCGUAUGGGAACCCCAACAAUUCCCUGCAGCCACCACCGGGGUUCACAGUUUCUCAAGGGAUGAUCACUGAGUCGCAAAAGAAAAGUUUAGAGGACAUACUGAGUGCAUUCAUGAUACAGUCACACAAGAACAUGGAGCAUACCACUCGAAGGCUAGAGAAGGUUGAGAAUGAUGUCCACGGCAUGACAGUACAUAUGAAGGGCCUAGAGACGCAGAUGAGUCAGAUUGCUCAAGCUGUGAGUAGACAGCAUAAGCCAGGGCAGUUCCCAGGACAGCCAAAUGUGAACCCCAAGGAUUGCAAGGCAAUCUACUUAAGGAGUGGGACAAACUAUGAGAGUCCCAUGCCCGAAGUGGAAGCUAAGGAAGUACCCGAAGAGAAAGAAGAAGAGGAGAUUGAGGCGGAAUCACCUCUUAUACAAUCUGAGGUUAAACCCGAGGCAAUUGCUCCUCCCACGCCAAAAGAGCUUAAAAUCCCUUUUCCUCAAGUGGUGCAAAAGAAGAAGUUGGACGAGAAGCUUGUUAAGUUCCUUGAGAUCUUCAAGAGAGUGCACCUCAAUAUUCCUCUUAUUGAGGCUCUCCAACAAAUGCCCGGCUACCUCAAGUUUUUGAAAGAGAUUAUAUCCAAGAAGAAGAGGUUGGUUGAUUAUGAAACCGUGAAUUUGACCGAGAAUUGUAGUGCAAUCAUCCAACAAAAGAUGUCGGCAAAGAUGAAAGAUCCGGAAGCUUCAACAUUUCUUAUGUGA